AAGCGGCGGGCGGGACGAUGGGCCCGAGGCGGCGGUGAGCGGCGCGGGCAUGGCGGCGGCGGCGGCCCGCGGCUGCCCCCCGGCGGGCUCCGGGGACCGCGCCCUGGCCGAGCUGCUGCUGGAGUUCUCCCGGGUACAGUACCGCGCCAAGGACGGCGGCGGUGCCGCUGCUGCCAAGGUGGAGCGGAUCGAGCGGCGGUGCCUGGAGCUCUUCGGCCGCGAUUAUCGCUACAGCGUGAUCCCCAACGUGCACGGCGAGAUCUGCGCCCACUACCCGCGGCACAUCGUCCUUCUGGAGCGCGACGCCGGCGCCAGCCGUGACUCGUAUGAGAGCACUGUGCAGGUUGGCAAACUGCAGGACCUCAUCAACCGGAGUAAGAUGGCCAGGUGUAGAGGACGCUUUGUUUGCCCAGUCAUUCUGUACAAGGGAAAGCAUAUUUGCAGAUCAGCCACACUGGCCGGCUGGGGUGAGCUCUAUGGGCGCACUGGCUACAACUAUAUCUUCUCUGGAGGUUCUGAUGAUGCUUGGGCAGAUGCAGAAGACAUAUCUGAGGAAGACUCUGCAUUUAGAAAUGCAGAUUCCCAGCUGUUUGACAAGGUCAGAGGACACGACAUCAAGCUGCUUCGAUACCUGUCUGUCCGAUACAUCUGUGACCUGAUGGUGGAAAACAAGAAGGUGAAAUUUGGCUUGAAUGUGACGUCUUCUGAGAAGGUGGACAAAGCUCAACGUUACGCUGAUUUCACACUUCUCUCCAUCCCAUAUCCAGGCUGUGAAUUUUUUAAGGACUACAAAGACCGGGAUUAUACAGCUGAAGGUCUCAUAUUUAACUGGAAACAGGACUAUGUAGAUGCUCCAUUAAGUAUCCCAGUCUCUCUGACCCAAUCUCUGAAUAUUGAUUGGAGCGAGUACCAGAGCUGGGACCUCGUACAACAGACACAGAACUACCUGAAGCUACUGAUCUCCAUUAUCAAUAGUGAUGAUGACAGCGGGCUCCUGGUGCACUGUAUAUCCGGCUGGGAUCGAACGCCUCUCUUCAUCUCCUUACUGCGCCUCUCCUUAUGGGCUGAUGGGCUGAUCCACACAUCCCUGGAGCCAUCUGAGAUUCUCUACCUGACAGUGGCCUAUGACUGGUUUCUCUUUGGGCACAUGUUAGUCGAUCGACUCAGUAAAGGAGAAGAGAUUUUCUUUUUCUGCUUCAAUUUUCUGAAGCACAUCACCUCUGAGGAGUUCUCUGCUCUGAAGUCACAGAGAAGGAAGAGUUUGCCACCUGGCUUCACCCUGGAAGAGAUCUGCAUGCUCAAGCAGAAAGACCGAGGCAGUACCACAAGCCUGAGCAGUGACUUUUCCCUGGGUAUGGAAAGUUCCCCUGGAGCAGCUGGGAGCUUUACCUAUGAAGCAGUGGAGCUGAUGCCAGCAGGAACACAGGCUCAAGCAGCAUGGAGGAAGAGCUGUGCAUCGUCACCACAAGCCGUGCUCUGGAGCAGAGCACAGCAGUCUGAAGACAGGCUGCCUUCCACAGGGAUGGUUGAAGUCAAGUCCUCCAGCUCCUCCUCAUCAACCCAUUCUGAUAACUUCCUGAGGAUUGGAAGCAGCCCACUAGAAGUGCCCAGAUCCAGGUUGGAAAAAACUGGGUGCUGGUGGCAAGCAGAGGUAGGAAUCUGCUGGGGGCAAGCUGCAAGCACCGUGCCAGCACAAAGGAUUCUGCCGAGAAGGCUGUGUGUUCCUGCUGGGGAAUGGGGACCCUGGACCUGAGCCUAAUCUCACACCAUAACAAAGGCACCCUUCUGGAGUCUGACACGGCGAUAGGGCAGAGUCUAGCACUGAGCUGGCCUAGGGAAGAAAGAACAGAGCCUGUGGAGCAAACACCAUGUGUUUAGGCCAACAUGGAAUAAAGAGACUCUGAGAUAAGAGGUUGCUAUUAACGGUGUCAAAUGCUUGUGUAGCCUCUGCAGGUUUUCUGAUGAGUCUUUUUCUAGUGAUUCUGAGUCAGCCACCAGCCAAAUCUGAGUACUCUCUCAUCAUAUGGAAAAUAAAAUAACAAACAAGUAAAGCAUUGAAAAUUUAUAAGACUUUCUUAACAAGUGUCUCUCUAUUCCAGAGAAAAAUCCCAGUGUCUGACAGUUUUCAUAAAUGAUGCUAACUGUUCUCCCCAGGGAAAGACAUCAAUAGGAGCGGUUUGAGUUGUUGCUGGGGCCCACCUCUGAAUUUUCUGUAAGAUGAAAAGAAUCUCCCAAGAAGAGAAGAAAAUACUGGAAAGAAAACAGCUUGUCUUGGGAGCUGCUUUGUUCACAAUGGUAGUGCCACAAUUCCUGUGUGUGGUCCUCUGCCAUUUCCAAGGCCUGACAGGCUGUUCAGUGCUUGCUGGUAGCAACCUUGCAGCAGUUCUCAGGAAGAAGCAGCUUGUAAUGCUUCAGCCAGACUGCCCUGCAAGAGCAAAGAGGAGAAACAGGAGUGUAGGCAGAAGAGUACCACAGUGAGGGUUAGGGUUGCCUUAUCAGACUGGGAUGCAGUUUCUGGGUUCUAAGCAUGGUAUGUUUUCUCCUGGAAGAAGUUCUGUCAUUCCACUUGGCCUUUGGUCUCCCUGCUUCAACUGUGGUAGUCUGAAUUGGUCUGGUAGAUAACACAGUACCUUCAGCCACCAUUUCCUAUCCUGAAGGAAACAAUGAGUCCCAUUUUGGUGGAGGACUGUGAUGGAAGGAGGAGGUAAAUUCUGUCUCUUUGCCUCCUGAAAAAUUGUACUGAGAUGGAAAAGCAGGAGCACAAAGACUGAUCAGGAUGCCAGAAAUACCUUUAUUCCUGCAGUGAUGCUGGCAGGUUAACACCCAAGGCUCUUGAGAUGAAGAAACCACUGUACUUGAUUUUCCAGUCCUCUGUUCAUGUGGCCAUAGCAACAAAACACUUUCCUCAACUGCUGCUGCAGUGGUUAAAAUGGUUGCUUGUAAAAUGCCAGCAGGUAUCCUUCAGGUAGUUCAGGCGGCCAACAGCCCAGUCCAGGUGCUGGUAUGCAGGGGAGCUCUGGAGAGAGCAGAAAGGCAAGGACUGGGCCUGGGAGGGGGGAACUGGGCUGUCCUAAAAGAAGGGGUCACAAAUGCCCAGUCAGACAUUAGAAGCCAAGCCCCUCUCCUGGCCAGACAAUGUCAACAGGCUGCUGCUGUCACAUUACCAGCCCAUCUUGUGAAUCUUGCUCUGAUCCAGGGGUCCUGGGUACCUGUAAAUCCCAGAAUAAUUCUUGUUAGGCAAAACACUACAAAGGCAAUUCCUGUCAGUCUUUCUAGCUUAUUCCAAUAUGAUGGUAAGAUCACAUCUGCAGAGGACAAACACACAGGAGGAUAUUGCAGACUAUUUGCAGAGUAGGACAAGGUGCUGCUUGUUCUACAGAGAGCUCUGAAUAUGGCACUGUGCCUCAAAUUGAACCCCUUACACGUGACGGGGUUGCAGUUUGCAAACCUUUUCCUGUAUUUGCAUUUGACACUAGCAGUCUUAAGCAUCCCAUGACACUGCAAAAAAAUUCUGUGUCUGUGUCAGGGAUUUAGUGUGUGUCUAGAUAGCACUAAUGUGGAUUAGCAGCUGGAUAAUCUUUGGUUGAAUGUGCUUUUGCUAAGUCAAUUAAGCAAAACCCAAAGUACUGUGAUCUGGAGAGUUGAGAUCUGGAGGAGUUAAAUUGCAGAGGAUCUGCUUUGACCAGUGAUCACAGAUGGCUCAGCUGUGGGUCAGGAGGGAGCACAGUGAGAGCAGAGUGGGACAGAGAAGCUGCUGCCCCAUUGCUUUGGGUGUUUUGUUGGUAGUGAAAAGACUGUGUGUGCACUGUGUCUUGUUCUUUCUCACUCGGAAGGUGUAUGUGCAACGUGACAGCUUGGGGUGGUAACCACAGCAGGAGAGGAAUUGUUUACAGGAAUUGUUUUCUGUAAUUAUUGCACGACCAUGCCACAAAAUGGGCUUGCUGGCUGGCACAUGACUAUGUGCUGAAAUCAGAAAUGGUGCUCGCAGAGAACGGGCUGCUCGGGCACUAUCCCAGCCCGUAGAUAACUGUCUGGGAUUCAGCCAGGGCUCGCUGUUCUUGGCAGGGUGCCAUACUCCUUGCCAACAUUUCCCACGCAAAGGUGGGAAGGGCUGCCCUUUACUCCAGGUUGCCACCAGUCUGUCUGUACAUACAGAACUUAAUGCUUUGGUUUGAGGCAAGAGCAUAUGCUGGCAAAUGAGCUGCUUCCCAAAUAGUUCUAGGUGUGUGGAAAUACGUCAGGUGAGCGGGGGCAGCACAGGGCAGGAUGGGAGCCUAGCUGUUGGCACUUGGCAUUCAUCUCAGUUACGUAUUAAGAAAGGGAAGGAUCCCUGACUGUUGCUCUGCCUCCAGUAUUGACUCUUCUCUGGCAGGCAAGUGAGUGUCCAUGUGCUCUGAAAUAUUCUGUCUUGUACAGCAUGUUGCAUGAGAAGCAUUGACCUAAUUAAAAGAAACCAUUCCAGGUAAGGAGCUGCCAGUUUAUGGGCUGCAAGAGGUCCCUUCUUGUGUGAAGGAACAGCUUGCAGCUCAUCUCUGUUUUGCUAAUCUAAUUUAGUUAAUCUUGCACUUUUGAGGGAGUUUCUUCCCACUCGUGGACCCGAAGAGGUGGGUGUGUGAAGCUCACUUGGAUUCUUUUUCUGUCUGCCAUUAGAUGUCUGUGGCAGAGACAGCGACUUGAAGACUGGCUGUAUCUCAUCUCCUCUAACCAUGUCAGCUUCCCGGCUGUCCGGCUGCUUCCCAAGACUCGGGGCUGCUCUCACUCCUAGCCAGCCUGUGGCAUGGCUGUCAUAUACUGCAGGCAUGCUGUUCUUACAGACUUGAGAACUUGUUCUAGUGUCCCAGCAGUUCCAGCUCAUUCCAAGGGCCUCAAUGAAGCUCUUUUGCGGCCUCUGCAAUAAGACUUUACAAGAAGUAUUCGGGGUAGAAAUUACAGGAAGACUUUCACCUCUAGCACUGACUGGAUUGCAUUGGGUUGCAGUCACCCCAGACAUCUAGUCUUGGUCUCAAGCCAAGCUCAACUUUUAAGAAGCUCUGCUGCCGUUGCAGUGUGAACACAAAAUUUCCCAUGCUGUGUCUUCCCAGGCUUGGCCCCUGCUGUCUCUUGGGGCUGUUCAAGAUACUUAUUGAUUGUGGCAUUUCCUCAGGACCCUCCCUUGAGAAGGCCUUGGGGAUACAGGGGAAGGUCUGCCACAAUAUCUUAGCUCUGAUGACUAGGCUCACAUCUUUGGGCCAGGAAAGAAAUUACCUAGACUUACUGCAGAGUCAAUCAGUUUAUUCAGUUAAUCAACAAGUGUUCUGGUGCCUGGAGGCAAGACACAGAAUUGACUGCCUUGAACUCCUAGACCCCAGUGUUGUUCAUUAGAUGAAAUCUUACUAAGUUUGCACAGCUGCUUGACAGGGUUGGGGACCCCAGGAAGGGCUGGAGGACUAGAGAGUCACCAAGUCAGUCUUGCAGGAGAUACACAGUGCUGUUAUCAGCCUGUCCAUAGCAGAAUUCAAGAGAUGACUUGAUCUGCCUCCAAGAGGUGGUGUAAGAUCAGUCUAAUCUUAGCUGACAGCCAUGGAAGGUGAUCAGCAGCUGGAAGCCAAGGCCACACACCCAAAGCAAAACACAGUUUUAUGUUCACCUUCUUUAGCAUAGACUUAUCUGAUUAGUGUGGUUGAUGAUAUUGGGCAGAGGGACAUUUUUGCUGUCCUUGGUGCCCUGGAUCAUGGCUUGCCAUGUGGGCAGAGUCUCCUGAGCAGGUUUCAGAUACUACUCUCACUUUGCAAGAGCUGCAGAACUCUGCUCUCAGAACUCUUAACCUGGAGAUCCUGCUAUAGUCUAAGCCCUCCUCUGCCAUUCAUGCUUGCCCUCUCCAAGGGCACAAACCUGUCCUCUGUUCAGCAACUCAUUAUUUUUUCUGGCAGAAUCCUGUCUCUCCCUACUUUCAGCCCAAGCCUAUUGCCUACAGAUCUCUUUACUCCUUUAGCUCAGUUUCUUGUCACCAUGUGUGACACUCUUGUUUUUCCUGUCUGGCUGUGCUGUGCCCUCAGGGAGGUGACAUCUUCUUCUUCACUCUGCACUGAAGCAGCAUUCCUCCAUGCUUCUCCCUGGCAUUCUGCACUAUUCCCACUGUGCUUCCAUCAUGGCACUGUGCUGUGGGCCCAAACACUCUGCCUGCUCUCCUUCACACUGACUCCCUCUACUUUAUCUCCCAAACUCAUGGAGAGGAGAUGUCACUGAACAGCUGCUCCCCUUCCCUUACAAAUUCCCUGGAAGGUUAUCCCUGUCUGAUCUCCUGGAGAUCUUUCUAACAGUAUAUGCUUUGCUUUUGCUUUCAGUGAAGUGCCCUAAUUCUUACUUUGGCAUUACGUACCCCAGGAAAAGCAGCAUUUUGCAAGAGAGGGUUCUCCCAGUAUUCCGACCCUCACUCCUCAGUUCAUUAAGCAGCCAAAGAGCAAGAUCUGUGUGAGACAGCGAAGCUCUGCUCAUCCUGAUUUCUGCUGUCAUGUCCUUUCAGAGCCUGAAUAUUACCCCCAAACUGUAGCUGUGAUGGGAAGCUGAUCUAAAGGGAAUUGUGUGACUCCCUUUUUGCACAGCCACCUCAGGACCACAUUUCACACUGCUCAAACUUGGCUGUAUCGAUCAGACUAAUUAAAUGGCAGACCUGGAAUUAGAUUGAGAUUGCAAAUAGGUUUCCUGCUGUGCGUCUCUUGCCACCCUUGCCUUCCAGUCUAGCUGAGGUCCUUCUUGCUGUGGGAGAGCCUGUCUUUCUGGCUGUUCUCUUGGUCCCUUGGGGAGCAGCUGCAGUGCGCCACUGCUAUUCUUAGCUGUGAAGACAGCGUGCAAGUACCUGGCCCAGCAGAGCUGGAGCUGAAGCAUUGCUCUCUGCCCAGCAGAACUCAGAUAAAUUAUCCAGAUCUUGGUAGUGUGUAAUUGAGCAGCUCUGCCACAGGCUGUGCUUCCAGCUAUGUAGACUCUGCUGUGCAGCAAGGCUUAAUAAUUGCUUGCUCCCUUGGAAGCCAAGAGCUCUGGGUUUGUCUCAAGUGAUUGUGCCCUCUUCUCUGAGAUUUUGGAGGGACUCCUCAGGUUCACUUACCAUGUUUCAUGCUUCUUUCUUUCCUGGUGGGAGAUUGCAUCAAAAAAUUAUACUUCCUUGGCUAUUUAGCCUGUCCUAAAGAUGUUUUGUCACCUCAUUUCUGGCACACCCCUUUCUUUACCAGAGAAAUGAAGAGGUGUUCAGGUGCUGGGGGUAGGUGUCCUGGGCACAUCUUGAGCAUUGGCUCUGUUCAGAUCUGGUGGUAAUAGCUCAGGAGUGAUCUGCCUUCUAACUGCUGCCAGGACAAUGAUCUGUAAGUCUUUCCCAGCACUAACCAAGUCACAGCCUUGACUUGCCCUGCUGCCCUGUGAUGUGCUAACAGCUACAACAAGCAACAGGGGAAUGUCCCUUGUACAGCACAGCUUUCACAUCAGUGAAGGAUUCAGGGCAGGAUAUGCUGUUCCAUCUCACUAAUGGGUUUCUCAGUUCUGCAUGGCCAUCUGCUUCAUGCUGGCUCUCUCCUGUCCAGCUCCUGGUGUGCUCCUGCUGCUUUGUUGGCCUUAGACAGCUUGGCUCUCCCUUCACUUUCAAAGGAAAGACUUGGUCUGGAGCCCAGCCUGAGCUGCAUGUUGCACCCUGGUCCCUGAGUGUCAACAGUGCUGGCACAGGCGCUGCUGGCCGUCAGCCCGGCAGGUCCCUGGCAGUAGCGGCAGCCGAAAGCGUGUGCUGAAUGAUCUGACUGAUCGCACCGUCUCCCUCUCUCUCU